AUGGAAAAACACUGGAAAAUGUUUUGUAUCCUGAACCAUCAUGAAAUGGUCCAAUUGAGAUGUGAUGUCUGUGCAUCAAAGCAACAGCUUUGUGCUAAAGGUAAUGUGUCUUGCAUUUAAAUGUGAUGCUAAGAAAUGGUGCUGGGGGUUGGUAUUUGCCAAUUUAACAUGCUUUGCCUUGUUGGGUAUACAAAAUGUAGGCACACUUCAUUGUGCCUGAAGUAAGCAACAAGGCUACAGAAAACACAGGUUAUGCUUCCAUCCUUGUAAGACAAAUUGCAUUGGUGACAAUGAGACCUGUAAUAAGCUUGCUCUGACAUCUCUGCUAAAUUGUGGGUGGACAGUCUUGGCCCUUGGCCUGUUUUCAUGUGGCCCUCUUCAAGCAAUCAGUUCAGCCAUGAAUAGUAUCCUACCUCCUCCCCAGCAGGCUCCCCUGAGGUGGUUUUGUCCAUUUGGCUCUGACUUUAGGCUCUGCCCACUAACAGCAAAUGAGUGACAAGUCCUGAAGAAACACAGCCAUUCACAGAAAGAUUGUCCACUGCUUUAAUGACAAAAUCCAUUCCAGUAUUAGCAGGCCACGUUCACAGAAUUCAGAGGCGGAAAAAAUUAAGUCAUUUUGUCCCAAGCAGGACAGUAUACUCACCGGCUCCCUACGGAUGAAACUUUACCUUGCACUGAAGAGUGUACUACAUGCUUGAAGUGUUAAACUUUCAUGGUAAUAUAUUGGCCCAUAAAUGAAGUUCUAUGCUGAUUUUUUUUAAAACCCUCUCUUUUUUUAAAGGAAUCCAGAUAAUGAACACCUGUCACCCAAAUUGGUAAGAAACUAUUAUGCCUGAAACAUAAACAUGGCUAGUGAAGAUAUAUUUCAGCUUGAUGAUGUUUUAAUUAUUGGUUGCUGCUUGCCUAACCUGCUUCACUGUAUAAAAGGAAUUAUGCAAAUAUGUUCCAUUCCAUCUCUUUGGAAGAGACUGAACUUUAAAGGCACUAUCUGUGUCAAAGUGAUCAUACUUUUCAUAGUAGAAGCUAUGGUAAAGAAUUGUUAAUGAUGAUUGGCAAGAUGUUCAACUGCUCUGAAAAGAGUGAAUGAUAAACAGCCAUUCUGAACAAACAAUAACAGCUAGUCCAAAUUAAGUACGUAGGUUGCUGGCUGUUACAUUCUUUGCAAAUGAGACUUCCUGGAACUUUGACCAAUGAAUGUACUGCUGUGUAGCUGGCUCUCAGUUCUUGCCUGGAAGUAAGACGAAGCCCUCAUUUGCAAACCGUAUGGUGAAUAGCAUGAGGAAUCUCCAGGAAGCAGAUUCUGCUGAAGCACCGUCGGGAUACCCUAACAGCUUUUGCUUGACAUGUGCUCUCUUGUGGCUGCAAACUGGCAGCUGGCUCUUUCAGGUAGAAAAUUCAAAUGGCAUGAAGCUGCUCUAGUUUGGAACAGAAGGACAUUGAGGUAUGUGACCUUAUUUUAGCUUAACAUAAGGCCUAGGACAGGGACAAGUGCAGGUCUUUGUCUGGCCCUUGAGACUCUUCCUAGACUGUACACCUCACUAGCCAUUUCUUUGCACUCCCCUGAGUGUUUCUGGCUGGCUGGAGUGUGUCCUUGAACUCUUGAUAUGCUUGCUUGCCUGGAUAGAGGAUAGGGAGGGAAUAUGUAGAAAGGAGCCCACAGUACGAAGGUAAAAUUCACAUUUGUUCUGGCAUGUGGCCCCCUGACCCUGGGGGAGGAGGGAAUAUAAAUAACAGAAACAACAAUAUGCAAGUACUUUAUGGUUUUCCAGUAUAGCUCAAGUUAGCAUUGCAGCAUUGGAAUCAAGGUAACAGAAUGUACAUGUUAUUUGAUUAUAUUUGUAAAUCUCAACAAUGUAUUAACUAAAACGCAAAGUUCCGGGAAGAAAAUAAGUUGUUUUGGGGGGGGGGGGAAUAAAUGGAUAGAAACAUGUGACACUUAUCAGCCUAAUAGUAAUAAUUUAUUAUUUGUACCCUGCCCAUCUGACUGGGUUGCCCCAACUACUCUGGGCGGCUUCCAACAUAUAUUUAAAAGAUAAAACAUUAUUAAUGUUGAGGUCUAUCCCGAUGUGACCUUGUCGUAGGUUCCUAUCGUUGGAAAUACCUCACAGAGGAAACUUGUGGUUUCGCUUUACCCACUAAACUGUAUGUUAGGUUAGUGGGAUAAAACUGCAAGACAGCAAAUUAUUGAGUACUUGCAGCUCUCACUGUGUGAAAUUGAGCAUUAAGAAGUGUUGUCUGUCUACAGGCAUGGACUUGGUUGA